AUGGAGGCCAGUAGAACAUUCCAAGAGAUAAUGGAGGCCAGUAGAACAUUCCAAGAGAUCAUGGAGGCCAAUUCAGGCACAAUGGCUCUAUUUCCGGACAUUUUCAAUCUAGCCAAUAGUUCGGACAUCUCAGUGAAUGCUACAUGUGGUGAAACUGGCCCGGAAGUGUUUUGUAAGUUAGUGCAACAUGUGAAGAUCUUUCCGUCGUCCAAUCAGCACUGUGAUAUCUGCGACGCCUAUAGUGCCACCGCCUCACAACGACAUCCCAUCACCAAUGCUAUUAAUGGCCUUAGGUCUUGGUGGCAGAGUCCAUCUGUUACCAAUGGGUGGGAGUACAACUAUGUUACAAUCACACUUGACCUCAAACAGGUGUAUCAUGUGGCUUACAUAAUAGUGAAGGCUGCCAACUCUCCUCGGCCUGGAAACUGGAUCCUAGAAAAGUCAGUGGAUGGAAUAAACUUUGAGCCAUGGCAAUACUUUGCUCGGUCCAACAAGGAAUGUUACAGGGCAUAUGGUAUCCGUGCCACGCGGGGACGUCCCAGAUACACAAGGGACAAUGAAGUUAUAUGUACCUCCUUCUAUUCUAAGCUAGUCCCCUUUGAAAAUGGAGAGGUCAUAGUAUCAUUAGUGAAUGACAGACCUGGGAUAGAGAACCCUAGUGAAACACUGCUGGAUUUCCUGUCUGCUAGAUAUGUUCGGCUACGCCUGCAGAAAAUUCUUACCCUGAAUGCUGAUCUCAUGACAUUUAGGUUCCGUGACACUAAAUACCUGGACCCCUCAGUGACACGGCGGUAUUUUUAUUCCAUAAAAGACAUUUCCAUUAGUGGCCAGUGCAUAUGUUAUGGCCACGCCUCCAGAUGUCUCACCAUCAGACGCACAGAUAGACUGCGCUGUGAGUGCAGACAUAAUACCUGUGGUAAUAACUGUGAGAAAUGCUGUCCCAGAUUUAAUCAGAAACCAUGGAGACGAGGGAUGAAUGGGAAUGCAUUCGCUUGUGAAGCAUGUAAUUGUCAUCGCCAUUCUGACGAGUGUGUGUACAAUGCUACAGUGGCUGAGCAAGGUCUUAGUCUCAACAUACGUGGGGAAUAUGAUGGUGGAGGGGUGUGUCUCAACUGUCGGGAAAAUACAGCUGGUGUAAACUGUGAGAGAUGUCAGGAUGGAUACUACCGCCCAGCGGGUGUACCACCAUCCAGUCGUCGUCCCUGUCGUCGCUGUAACUGUCGGGAGUCCCGAGGGUCAACCAGUCGCUGUGUGCCAGAUGAUUCAAGGAUGGACGAGGGCCUGAUCCCAGGUCAUUGUGUGUGUAAGCCUGGUUUUGGAGGUCAAAAUUGUAACCAGUGUGCCGCUGGAUACCAUGGUUACCCUAACUGUGAACCAUGCCCAUGUAACUCUGCGGGGACAGUUGAUGCUACCCAGUGUGAAGGAUCGUGUGUCUGUAAGAGUAAAGUUGAAGAUCGAAACUGUGAUCGCUGUAAGCCAGGGUACUUUAACCUCCAGAAGUCUAACCCAGAUGGCUGUACAGAAUGUUUCUGUUUUGGUGUCAGUUUCUCCUGUUCCUGUUCAGGCCUUGGACUACAAGAGAUUUGUGACAUGAGGGAUGGUAUGAGUGGAUGGACCAUUACAACACUAGACAGGUCUAAGGGAUUCACACUUUUCUCUAAGACUAAUGACGAAGGUUGGCUGGAGCAUCGUUCCUACCCCUCGCGCAGUCAGAACUCUCUUGAUUCUAGGGACAGCCAACUUAUCUACUAUUGGCAAGCUCCUGUCAGUUACCUUGGCAACAGGCUGAGCUCAUAUGGAGGUAUGUUCUCUUAUACCACAAAGUACACCCUGGACUACAUGGCUCGUGUACAGAGACAUCUAUAUGAUAUAGACAUCAUCAUCCAGAGUGGAAACAUCACAAUAAGCCCAGGGAGAAACUAUCUGCGUGAGAACACAGAGAAGAUGGUGCGAGUCCCUCUGGUGGAGAAGGACUGGUUUAUGUUCACAGACACAGGGCUGUACUCCACGUCCCUGACACCAAUAACACGACGACAGUUCAUGGAAAUUCUCUAUCAAGUAGAUCGCAUCCUGAUUCGUGCCACGUAUCACUCUGCACAGGACAUUGUCUUUUUGAAGAAUGUGAUAUUAGAGAGUGUAAGUGACACAUCACAUAGUCCAUUGUCACUCCCUAGUGUGGAGAUGUGUAACUGUCCUCCAGGCUAUGCUGGGCUCUCCUGUGAGAGAUGUGCCCCAGGAUUUAGAAGAUUAAAUGGCCAGCUGUAUGGAGGAAUCUGUGAAGGAUGUGAUUGUAACCAACAUGCUGAUACAUGUGAUCUUGUUACUGGCAGGUGUUCGGAAUGUAAGCACUUUACAACGGGUGACAACUGUGACCAGUGUUUACCAGGUUACUAUGGUGACCCACGGCGGGGUACGGAAACUGACUGUAAACCCUGCGCCUGUCCUCUCCCAGACAGAAACAACAACUUUGCCACUUCAUGUCGCCUGGAUCCCAUACCUAAUAACUAUGACAACUACGUGUGUGAAGGCUGUCGGACAGGAUACACAGGACAGUACUGUGAAAGGUGUGCUCCAGGUUUCUAUGGUGACCCCAGACAGCCGGGAGGUAACUGUCGCCCAUGUAGCUGUAACGGUAAUAUAGACACAACAGAUUAUGGUAGUUGUGAUCCCAGAACAGGGGCAUGUCUCCGAUGUCGUGACAACACUGAGGGAGACCAGUGUGAGCGUUGCAUUCCUGGAUACUUUGGUACAGCUAGAAAUGGUGACUGUCAGAGGUGUAACUGUGACCAGGGUGGAUCACUGACCACUGAGUGUAACAGACAAACUGGACAGUGUGAGUGUCGGUCAAAAUUUGGAGGACGGCGUUGUGACCAAUGUCAGGACCACUAUUACGGCCUGCCCCGUGGACAGGGUUGUUCCCCAUGUGAUUGUGACCUAGUGGGGUCACUAUAUCGCCAAUGUGACAGGACAACUGGCCAGUGUGUGUGCCGUCCUGGGGUCGGGGGAAGAACUUGUAAUGAAUGUAACCCGGAUUACUUUGGAUUUUCUGUCUAUGGCUGUAGAAGAUGUGACCCCUGUGACAAGCCAGGUCAUAUCUGUGACCCACAGACAGGUAACUGUGUAUGUCCCCCGUAUACCACUGGACCACGAUGUGGUCGCUGCCGUCCCAAAACCUGGGGAUAUCAUCCCACUGAAGGCUGCAAGCCCUGCAGGUGUAAUCCUGGGACCUCUAAGUCUGCACAGUGUAACCGCAGCACAGGGAAGUGUAAUUGUAGGAGAGAUUACACCGGAGACCAAUGUGAUCGUUGUCUAUUUGGUUAUCAUGGCUUCCCUAACUGUGUGGCUUGUCAGUGUGACGAUCGUGGAACCAAUGCCAGCAGCUGUAGAAGUCCUAACAAGUGUGAUUGUGAUGACCGUGGACAAUGUGUGUGUAAGGAAAAUACGGAGGGGGAAGCAUGUGACAGCUGUAAGCCUAAUGCCUUCAGUCUGGACAAAGAGAAUCCCAGUGGCUGUACUAAAUGCUUUUGUUUUGAGAGAUCCUCCACCUGUAAGCAGGCUCCCUAUGUCUGGGAUCUGGUGAGAAUUCCAGAUAUGCGGAUGACCUUUGACCCAAGAGUAUCCAGAGCUGUGACCCGAGAGUUCAAAUACUACAAUGUGAUACCAGAGGGCACUGCUUACACAUCUAUCCCAGAGUACCUGAGGGCUGGGCCACUCUAUUGGAAGCUGCCCAUAACAGGGGACAUGACCCUGUCCUAUAAUGGUAAACUGCGGUUCAAUGUGAUGUACCGUACUGAGGACAACCCUGGACCCUUCAUUCAGCCUCAUCCGGACGUUGUGAUCAUAGGCAACACUUUUCAAAUGUUAUACAACAGCACAGGGUCCUGGAUGCCAGACUCAACACGAAGCUCAGUUCUUCAGCUGCACGAGAGUGCUUGGCAGAUACAAGGAUUUGACAAGGUAGCGACAAGGAAGAUGAUGAUGAUCGUUCUCCAGAAUGUCACAGCCAUUUUAGUGCGGGCUUCUUAUGACAAAAAUACUGUAUAUUCAGAAAUAACAGACAUUGGUUUAGAGAUAGCAGUACCUCCUGUACCUGGUCGUAAUCCAGAACCAGCCUUAGGGGUAGAGGUCUGUGAGUGUCCAGACAAGUACGAUGGACUUUCCUGCCAGUUGCCUGCACCAGGAUUUUAUAAGUUCCGAUAUAACCUGACCAUAGAGAUCUCUGACCCCAUCCUAAUUAUUGGAGGAGUGGAGAAGUGUUUCUGUAAUGGCCAUAGCGAUAUGUGUAACAUCAUUUCUGGGCAGUGUCAGAAUUGUACGGGUAACACUUAUGGACACAACUGUGAGUUAUGUGCCCCUGGAUACUAUGGUGAUGCCACUAGAGGGACAAAUUCUGACUGUAGGCCAUGUUUAUGUCCAAGUGUAACCAACAGUUUCAGUACAACAUGUGAGAUCCAGAGAAGUGGUUUGGUUUGUACCAACUGUUCAGUAGGCUACACAGGGACCCGCUGUCAGAGGUGUGCAGAUGGUUACUAUGGUAACCCGACAGAGGUGGGAGGGUCCUGUGUGCCCUGUAAAUGUAAUGUAGAGGGUUCAGUGUCGGGUCGCUGUGACAGUAAUGGACACUGUGUGUGUCUGCCAGGAAUUAUGGGUGAGAAGUGUGAUUCGUGUCAGCCAAGAUAUGCUGUGGUGGAUGGUGCUUGUGUCUCCUGUGAUGUUGGAUGUACUGCUGACCUGAUGUUAGAGAUGGACAAGCUAGACAACAUUACUUUGACUGUCAACAUCACAGGGAUAUUUCCUGUCCCCUGGGAUAGACUGUGGAGGAUUAAUAAUGACACUAAACAACUCCGGGAACAAUGGGAUGCACUACAGAUGGCUGAGAUCCGAGAUUUAGAAAGUCAGUUGGCACCCCUGAAAAUUAAGGCAGAGGAACUGAAAACAAAGUCUGUCAACGUGAUGGCUGAUGGAGAAGUUGCAGUUAUGGAGGCAGAAAAACUUGACGAAAAUGCCAACAAAAUUGAGGAUGAAAUUGAUGUCCUUUUCAACGAACUCAAAAACAUUGUAGCCAAUAUUGGCGUUUCUAUAGAGCGACAUCCUAAUUCUAGUGGUAUAAACAUAACCGAAGCCCUGGCUGAAGCCAAGGAAAUCUUAAAGGAAAUAGAGGACAGAGAUUUCUCGCAGAAGGAGGUAGAAAUUGCCAUGAAGGCCAUGAAGAUCGGAGAAAUACGGAAUAAACUAAAUAACAUGAAAGCUCGUCUGCUUGACACUUCUCCUGUGAAGACUGUGCUUGAUGAUGCUCAGAGGCGACUACAAGACCUCAGACAGAAGACUAAUGCCACGGAGAAAGUUGUGGAUGAAGUGUCCGGUAAAAACCUUGGCAUCACUGUAAAAAAUAAAAGAUUAGAGAAUCUGAUGUAUGAUAUAGAUGGAGCCCAGGAUCAGGUUGUACAGAGUUUAGUCAUUGGCUAUCAAGUUAUCAAGGACGCUCGUGCUCUGCUAAGGCGUACUCGCCUCAACAUCCAGAAUGUGAACAGUGAAGCGAGCUCCCUUGACUAUAUUCUACCAGAGCUUAGGAAGGUAGACACCGAUCUUGGAAAAGCAAUUCCUCUGGCAGAAAACCAUACCCAAGUGGCAUGGGACCAUGCCAGAAACCUUGAUCAACAGGCUGAUGUCCUGGAAAAGAUGUUUGAGAAGGCAAGAGCUGAUGCAGAACUUCCCCUAAAAGCAGCUAAUGUUUAUAAAAACAUUGUUUCGGCAAUAGAUGAAGCUGAGGAGGCAGCUCUGAGGGCAUUAGCGGCUGCUGACAACUCCACAGAUCUGAUUGACCUUGACAGAAUCAAGAACACAGUUGAAAAAUCACUCAAUAGAAGCAGAGAUUUACUGAAGAGAGCCAACAAGGCUGGAACAGAUGUUACAGACCUGGCUGGGGAUUUGAAGGCUAUGGAGAAUACACUGGACAUUGUAAACAAUACCCAGGCCAAUACUCGGGACAAACUACAUGCUACUGACCAGGACAUGAAUAAACUAUCUAAAGAUAUUAGUGACAGAGCAAGGGCAGUGAUGGAGGAUAUGAAUAAUACAGAGACUUCAAUGAAAGCGACAAAGGACAAGGUCAAGGGUAUCCAGGACAACAUCAACAAUGACCUCAUACCCAAGCUAAAGUCAAUGCAGGAUUUUAACAUAGAUAGGAUAGCUAUUGCUGUUCAAAAUUCAGCUGACAACGUAACUGCAAACAUACUCAGCAUCCAGGCGAUUAUAGAUGAUGUUGAGGCUGCAUCAAAUAAAACCAAGGAAGAGGAGACAAAGCUGGAGGCCAAACUAAAGAAACUCAGAGACAGCAUCAAACAAGCCCGUGCUCAGGCAGAGAAGGUGAAGGUAUCCCUAUCUACAGCAGGCAGCUGUUCAAGGUCAUUUGUUCCCCAGACUCAACCUCGUACCACCAACAGCAUCAACUUCAUCUUCAAAACCAACAACUCUGCUACUGAUAUGUUGUUAGUCCUUGUUCAGAAGAGUCCUCAGGAAUACAUGGCCCUGGACCUGAUUGGGGGUAAGAUGCACUUCUCUUGGGAUGCAGGCAGUGGACCAGGGUCUGUUACCAAUGACAUGAUCAUAAUGAAUGAGGAAAACUUCAUUACUGAGAACAAGAAGUGGUACCAUGUUAGUGCUGAAAGGUUUUUAGCUCAAGUUGUAGCCCAAGGCAAUAUGUCAGGAUGUAUGGGAGAGCUCUUCAUUGAUGACAUACGUGUUGGACUUCACAACUUUAAACAGUCAUAUGGGACAUGUGGAGGCUGCAGAGAUGUUCCCUCCCCUGGCAGUCUGUCUACCGACACCUUCAGCUUCGACGGAACUGGUUACUCCUCCCUUGCUCAGGAUGACAAGUACAUCAGUGUCCGAACAUUCAUCAAGUUGGAGUUUAAAACUUUCUGGGAAAACACCACUUUGCUGUUUUCAGGGAACCCCUUAUCUGGAGAUUUUAUAUAUUUGAGCCUGCUAAAUGGACAUGUUAAAGCCCACAUAUACAUGGGCGGUCAGAGUCACAUACGUCUGGAGACCAACAACUUGUACAAUAACAAUCAGUGGCACAAGGUGCUCCUCAACCGGAACAAACUCCAGGCCUUCAUGUCAGUUGGGGAUGCGGAGGAAUCUAUAGCAGAAGCUGCCCCUGGUAACACAGGACUGGAGAUCAAGAAUGUACCCUUGUUCUUCGGAGGAGUGCCCGAGAGUUUUGAUCUCACUCCAUUUCAGAAAAGGGGUGUCCUGACAAGCAUGCCUUUCCUAGGAUGUAUGCAGGAAAUCCAGGUUGAUCUGAAGACAAGGGAUCUACUUCAGGGAAAUUCUGUUGGAGUUAAACAAGGCUGUCCAAUAUCUGGUUAUCGUAAAGUUGGUUUCUAUGGCAAUGGUUUCGCUAUGUAUGAUGGGAGUCCACUCGCAAAGGAUUCUGGUGAAGUGUCUCUGUCCUUCACCUCAACACAAAGGGACACAAUGCUCCUCUUGGCCAAGGACACUGACCAGGAGCUUGAUAUGGAGCCUAAGAACUUUUAUUCAUUGGCGCUGGUUGAUGGCCAUAUAGAGGGUAGAUUCAGUGGCACUUUUCUACCAGUGACACUAACAUCAAACAAGACAUACAACGAUGGUCGUCUACAUAAUGUGGCUGUGCGCAAAAUGAAGAGGGUGAUGGAGCUUUAUGUGGACGAUGUGUUAGUGGGGUAUGGCACCCUCCCCAUGGCCACUCAGGGAAUCGGUGUUGAGAAGCUCUACUUGGGAGGGGCCCCUAAUCUGUCCAACCGCCAGGUGAUGGUAGCCAACAUCAAUGGCCUCGACGGCUGUAUUAGUGACAUCAUCAUUGACGGAAAUAUCUUAAGUUUAAAUAACCCUGAGCAGUAUGAGCAUGCUGAUAUUGGUCGGUGUAGAGCAGGCAUUACUUCUGUACUGGUUACCCCGGAAACCACCCCUAAACCUACCCCAAAACUCACCCCUGCACCUACCCCUAAGCCUACCACCAAGAGACCUACAACACCUGUGCCUACUCCGGAACCUACUUUGCCUACAAUUAAACCAGAUUCUUGUGCUGAUCCAACUGCUGAAACUACAGAAUUCCUGGCGCUGGCAUUUGGAGAAUCACCUGAAAGCUUUGGAGAAAUCGCACUGGACAAGAGAAGUGUCUCCUCUGUAUUUAAUGUGACCAUUGACUUCAAAACAUUCCUACCUUCGGGAUCAUUCUUCUACAUCACCAACCCUCAGAAAGUAGCAUACCUGGCUGUGCAGCUCAUUGAUGGUCAUGUAUCCCUGCUGUACAGAUAUAAUGGUGACAGCUUUAUUCUCAAUGACACCGCAAGGGUCAAUGAUGGUCAGUGGCAUACUCUAGUGGUCAAUAAAGGCACCAAGCUCAUCAAACUUAGAGUGGACAAUGGUCGAGAAAGCAGGGGUCGAGUCCAAAAGAGGAUGGAGCUGGAAGGUCCAAUGUAUGUAGGUGGAGGCUUCCCUACCAUUGCUACACCCCCAGGAUUGGUUGAUCACAGCUUGAGAGGGUGUAUAAGGAACUUCAUGAUCAACGGUAAUGUGAUCUUGAUCGCUGAUGCUGACAUUGUCAGUGGCAUCAGAAACUGCUACAAAACUACAGAGCCUGGAGUGUACUUCAGUGGAGGAGCCCAUGGAGUUCUAGAUCGUGAAUAUGAUAUUGGAUCUAAGAUGGUGGUGAGUUUUGCAUUCAGGACACACAAGCCAAAUGGAGUGAUAUUGACUAUUAGUGACCCAUCCGGAUCCCCAGCUUUAACACUGGAACUGUUCGAGGGACAGGUUAAAAUGACAGUAAGCAAUGAAGACAGAUACUCUGCCACAACCAAAGGAAGUCAGUUCUCCUUUUGUAACAAUGAAUGGCACACUGUUGAAGCCAGUGUCAUUGGCAAUGUCAUCAAACUUAUCGUAGAUGGAAAGGCUGAGUUUGGUGUCAGUUCCAGAGACGCUACAUUCAUCACAACGUUCUCACCUCUGAUAGUAGGGGGCAUACCUGUAUUUGCUACAGUGCAAGGGGCUGCUUCCUCAGAUGAAAACUUCCAAGGGUGUUUGCGAGACUUUAAGUUGGGCCGGGUUGAAGGAGAUACACCACAUGUAGACUGGUUUUCCAUACCCAUAGACCGUAACAUCUACAAGACUGGCUGCCCUGUAUGA